AAUGUGAAGCUGUGGUCAGUAUCCUACUCUCAGGACAGCAAGCAAGGUCGGCCCCGAAGCUUGCCCCCUCACGACGAACUCUUCCUUAUCUUGGUUCGCCUGCGCCUUGGACUGUUUGAGAAGGACUUGGCCUUCCGAUUUGGAAUUUCUGUUGGCACGGUUUCGCGCCUGUGCACAACAUGGAUUAGCUACUUAUACAUGCACUUUGCAAGACUAGACUUAUGGGCAACGCGGCAGCAGGUUGAUGAGGACAUGCCACCUGCCUUUAAGGAGAAGUAUCCUACGACAAGGGUGAUCCUGGAUGCGACAGAAAUCAAGUGCCAGGUGCCCAGCUCACUUGUUCUCCAGUCGGCAAGUUUCUCCACAUACAAGUCUACAAAUACCUUCAAAGGACUUGUAGGCAUCUCUCCAGACGGAGCUGUGACAUUUGUGUCACAGCUUUUUUUAGGCUCGAUGUCCGACAAGGAGUGUGUGAGACAGAGCGGGUUUCUGCAGCUUGCUUUUGACCAGCGUGACUCGGUCAUGGCCGAUAAAGGGUUCCUGAUAUCAGAUCUGCUAACAGAGAUUAAUGUGGAACUCAACAUCCCCCCGUUCCUUGGCCAGGGAACCUUCACAGAGAAUGAAGUGAAAGAAACGGAAAACAUAGCAUCACUGCGAAUACACGUCGAAAGAAGGAUUCAGCGUAUCAAGAGCUUCCACAUCUUUGAUCGUGCAAUCCCACUGUCAUUGGGGCCAGUGGUGAAUGAGAUAUGGACCAUCUGCACGAUUCUAACAAACUUUCAGAGCCCUUUGCUACGCCAGCAAGACAGUGGCAAUGUGGACUAGCAGUGUGUAAACGCCAUGCCCAUGU